AUGACCCAUUGUUUCAGCCUGAAGGAGAGAGAAUCAGUAUUCCAUACUGCCACAACUCAAACUUUCGACCUUUUCAAUAAACACCUCUUUUCACCUGGGGCACAUCAAGUAGGAUUCAUCAUCACUGAUGCUGGAGAAGAAUCCAAUGAUGCUGAAGAAGAAAUGCUUUGGGCUUUACAGGAGCCAGAGUUGGACCACCAAACUGAAGUCAACAUCUCAAUUGAUGAUGAUGAUUGGUCAGCAAUAGUGAUGCUAUUGGCGAUGUUGAUGCUGCUCCCACAUGCCAAUAUUGUGGGCACUACUAAUUCAUCCUCUUCGGAGCCAGGCUAUGUGGAAAUAUCUGACAAUGAAUCCCCUGCCAUCACUGAUACCAUCACUGACACCAUUGCCAUCAGCAAGCCAAACCAGCCCAAGAUCGAGGUUGAGGAGGAGGCAAAAAAUCUACUUGUGGAGGUGUUUGAGGGAAAGGAUCUCAAGGCAGCGGUACUAAAGGUCAUGGAGCAGGAGCUGGAGUGUCUGCCAACAGUAAUGUUGUUGAAGCUCCCUGAGGUUCAGGUGGUCAGAAGCUUUGCUCUAGAGGUGGUGAUGUACAAUCCCCCACCCCCAUCAUGA